AGCCCCUGCGAGCUUGAUCUCUUCGUCGUGUUGAGUUCCUCUGUCACGAAAAUCAUGGCGUCCCCUGCAGCCGCGGCAGCGACGAAGAUGCUUGCCAUAAAGGGCGAUCGCCACCUCUUUUCGGCGUCUGACGACAGCGUGGUGUUGAAGCAAAUCCUCGGCACCCACUCCCCUGACGGCCGCGAUGUCGACGCACGGCCUCUCUUGCGCCUCGUCGAGGACAUACUGCAACGGGCUACCCCGACUGUGAUUGUGACUCCACAGGCUCCGGCGGAGCUCGUGGAGGACAAGGUGCACCAUGUCGAAGUCGUCGCCAUGCUCGAAGCGCUGGCGUAUACCGUCCACAGGAUUUCUUGUGAGAUCUCCUGCAAGUGCUCCGGCAGCGGCGACGCGCACGCGACGACGAUGGCCCUGUUCAACUCGUUGGCGAACUAUACUUGGGACGCGAAGGUUGUGAUCGCGCUGGCCGCGUUCGCUGUGAGCUACGGGGAGUUCUGGCUGACGGCGCAGCUGCACAAGGUCAAUCCGCUGGCGAAAUCGGUGGCGCUGCUGAAGCAGCUGCCGGACAUUCUGGAGCACACCGACGCCCUCAAGCCCCGAUUCGACGCCCUCAGCAACCUCAUCAAGGCGAUGCUGGAUGUCACCAAGUGCAUCAUCCAGUUCAAGGAGCUUCCGUCCGAGUACAUCUCGCCUGACAACCCCGACAUGGACAUGGCCUUGGCGCAUAUCCCCACUGCCGUCUACUGGACCAUCAGGAGCGUGGUGGCUUGUGCUUCCCAGAUCGUUGCCCUCAUAGGCCCUGGCCAUGAGCAUAUCACCUCCACCACCGAAGUGUGGGAGCUCUCAAGUUUAGCCCAUAAAGUCAGAAGCAUUCACGAACACCUCACCAAGCAACUCGAACUCUGCAAUCGACAUAUUGGUGAGAAGAAGCACCUCGAAGCGUACCAGACGCUGGUGCGCCUGUUCGAGACCGUGCACAUUGAUAACAACAAAAUCCUGAGGGCGCUGAUCUAUUCCAAGGACGAUCUGCCGCUCUUUGACGGUGACACGAAGCGAAGAGUCAGCGUCGACGUGCUGAGGAGGAAGAUUGUGAUGCUGUUCAUCUCCGACCUCGACAUCAGCGACGAAGAGCUCCUCGUUCUCAUCCAGAUAUACAACGACACGCACCAGGGGAAGCUGGACAGGCCGUACGAGAUCGUCUGGCUUCCGGUGAUCGAUAGGCACGCACCCUGGACCAACGCCAAGGAGGAGACCUACAACCGCUUUGCUUCCACCAUGCCGUGGUACUCGCUGCACCACCCUUCGCUGCUGGAGCCGGCGGCGGUCAAGUACAUACGGAAUGAGUGGCACUUCGACAAGAGGGCAUUGAUGGUAGUGUUGGACCCGCAAGGGAAGGUCGUGUGUCCUAAUGCCCUCCACAUGAUGUGGAUUUGGGGAAGCCUGGCCUUCCCCUUCACCAGCAACAGGGAGUUGGCCCUGUGGAAGGAAGAAACCUGGCGACUCGAGUUCAUGGUCGACGAUAUCGAUCCUGACAUGCUUGCCUGGGUAAGAGAAGGCCGCCAUGUUUGCUUGUAUGGAGGAGAGGACAUCGAGUGGAUAAGGAGGUUCACGAUGGUGAUGAGGCGCGUGUCGCAGGAAGCGAAGAUCCCGAUCGAGAUGGUGUACGUGGGGAAGAGCAGCCCCAAGGAUCGGGUGAGGAAGGCCAUCUCGGUGAUCGCCAGAGAGAAGCUGAGCGGCUACUGGCAGGACCCGGUGAUGGUGUGGUUCUUCUGGGUGCGCCUGGAGAGCAUGUGGUACUCCAAGAUGCAGCACGGCCGGACGAUCGAGAACGACCCCAUCAUGCUGGAGGUGAUGACGAUGCUGAGCUUCGACGGCAGUGACGAGGGGUGGGCGAUCGUCAGCCGGGGAUCGAUGGAGAUGGUCAAGGCCCACGGGAAGAUGAUCGUGGACUGCCUCAGCCAGUUCGACUCGUGGAAGGGGAAGGUGGAGGAAGACGGGUUCGUCCCCGCGCUUACCGAGGCGCUGCUGCCCUUACACACCCAUGAGCACUGCACCCGCCUCAUCCUCCCGGGCGACACCGGCAGGAUCAAGGAGGAGGUGGUCUGCGCCGAGUGCAAGCGCCCCAUGGAGAAGUUCGUUCUCUACCGCUGCUGCAACAAUUGAGCCGCUCCAUGGAUUCGUGCCAUGGGGCAGCCGCGGCUUCAGUCUUCCGCGACGCAUCUGAGUUCAGUGUCAUCGAGUUGAGUUGUGUCUGUCGUUAACUUGUUGGUUGUGGACAUGUCGUUUUGGCUUUGAAUAAAAUACAUUAUUUAUCUUC